AUGGUGCUUCACCUGCUGUGGUACACGGCAGCAACUUGCCACAUCCCUGAUUCAGAGGUGUCGGAAAUUGAAGACAUUGCCCUCGACUUCGCAUAUGGCCGACUCCACAAGCAAGGGCUCAUCGCAAACCACCUUCCCAAGACAUGGCUGCAACGACCGCAAUCUCAAGGCGGCCAAGGCAUGCCAAAUAUUGCCACCAGCUUCAAGUUGCUCCGGCUCCGCACCAUGUUCUACCUUCUUGCUCUACAAGGCGCAUCAAUUACCGUUUAG